UGGGAUGGCGUUGUUGCACUGGCGUAUGUUUUACACUUGUCUUGCAUUUUGUGUGGUAACAAGCUUGUAAAGAUACCUUUUGCACCCCGGAAUUAAGCUAAAGGUGUUCCUGCUAAAUGACUGAAGCAUCCUCAGUGCGGUUUAUGGCUAGUAGGCUGUUAAUGAUUCAUCCAUCCGGACAGCUGAUAUUUGGAGUUGGCAUCUGCAAAGACACAUCCGGACGCGUGGUGUUGUAGCUAAACAUGGCAAUAGAGCCUCCACCCUGAGGAACAAUCAUCUUCUGUGCAGAUCUUAAAGAGUAAUCAGCUGCAGUGCACUACUGGAAGGAUUUCACUGGUGCAUGUAAAGAUACACAGCACACCUUCUGUGUUUGACUUUGACUCUAUUUGGCGAAGGUGGUGGCAGCUCUCUGCAGUCCCAAUCACUGCUUUACUUUUCUAUUGAAAUCUUUCUGAAAUGACUUCAGAGUGGGGUGUGAAGUCCACGGAGGACCUCAUGAGCAGGUAUGUCUCCAAGGAAAUGGGCUAUGGGGUGCCCAGCCAGGGCUGGAGGAUCUGUCUGGCGCAUGAGUUCAAGGAGAAGAGGAAACCCUUUCAAGCGAAAGAUGUUUCCCUGUCCAACAUCCUGGAGCACAUUGGCCUUGGACUCAGGUAUCUAAAAUGGUGGUACAAGAAGACUCAGGUGGAGAAGAAGGCUCCUUUCAUCGACAUGUUCGGGGCGCUGCCCUUGCGGCAAAUAUACGGCGCUCCACUUGGCGGUAUCGGAGGAGGCACCAUCACACGGGGUUGGAGGGGGGAGUUCUGCAGAUGGCAGCUAAACCCUGGGAUGUACCACUACAAAACCGUCACAGCCAACCAGUUCACGGUGUGUCUGCGCCGGGGAGGACAGACCGUGUACCAGCAGGUGCUGUCUGUGGAGCGUCCACCCACGUUGCAAGGCUGGAACUGGGGCUACUGCGGCGAGUACGCUUUCUACCACGCCUUGUACCCUCGUGCCUGGACUGUUUACCAGCUGCCGGGGCAGAAUGUCACCCUCACCUGCAGGCAGAUUUCUCCAGUCAUCCCUCACGAUUACCAGGACUCGAGUCUCCCAGUGGCUGUGUUUGUGUGGGACAUAGAAAACAAGAAUGACUACGCUCUGGACGUCUCCAUCAUGUUCACGAUGGUCAACGGGUCGGGACACAAGGACGACAAGGGUGGCGGACACUGGAAUGAACCCUUCCACCUUGAGAAGGAGGGGGAAGCGGUGUCGGGGGUCCUGCUGCAUCACUGCCCCGCAGUGAACCCUUACACCCUGUGCAUUGCAGCCCGAGACCAGCCUGACAGGGAGGUGAGCCACCAGACAGCAUUCAGUCCCAGUGGAACCUGCAGCGGCCUGUGGACCGACCUCAUCUCUGACGGACGGCUGGACUCUCCUACAGGAUCCAGCUCACCAACGGGGAAGGGAGAGAAGGUUGCAGCAGCGCUGGCUGUGAGCUGCUCAGUGCCGGCUCAGAGCCACAACGGCCUGGAGUUCUGCCUGGCCUGGGACAUGCCCAAAAUCACCUUUGGCUCUAGAGAGAGGGAACACACUAGGAGAUACACCCGUUAUUUUGGGACCAAAGGGGAUGCAUCGCCCUCACUCAGUCACUACGCUCUAACGCACUACAAACAAUGGGAGGAGAGCAUUGCGGAGUGGCAGACUCCUGUACUACAAGACAGCUCCCUUCCCUCCUGGUAUAAGUCGGCUCUGUUUAACGAGUUGUACUUCGUGGUGGAUGGCGGGACCGUGUGGACGGAGCUGCAGAGUGACGCUGAUGUUAGCGGCGGCGUGCGCAGCGAGGACGGGGGUCUGCCUGCUCAGCCUGCAGUGAUUAAAGAGUAUGGACGCUUCGCGUACCUAGAAGGUCAGGAGUAUAGAAUGUACAACACGUACGACGUGCACUUCUACGCCUCGUUUGCACUCAUCAUGCUGUGGCCUAAACUAGCCUUGAGCGUGCAGUAUGACAUUGCUGGCAGUGUAGUUCAGCAAGACUCAACGGAGAGACUCCAUCUGAUGAGCGGGCGUUAUUCACCCGUCAAGACCAAAAACGUGGUUCCUCAUGACAUCGGAGACCCAGAUGAUGAGCCUUGGCAGAGGGUGAACGCCUAUCUCAUCCACGACACUGCAGACUGGAAGGACCUGAACCUGAAGUUUGUCCUGCAGGUCUACAGGGACUUCCAUCUCACCCAGGACGCUCAGUACCUGCGGGACAUGUGGCCCAUCUGCCAGGCGGUGAUGGAGUCAGAGAUGAAGUUUGACCUGGACGGAGAUGGCCUGAUAGAGAACUCGGGAUAUGCUGAUCAGACAUAUGACGGCUGGACAGUAACCGGACCGAGCGCGUACUGUGGUGGGCUGUGGCUGGCGUCCCUGUGUGUGAUGUCACAAAUGGCCAGACUGGUGGACAACGAGGAGAUGUACAAACAUUACACAGACAUCUUGAGCAGAGGAAGUGCUGCGUUUGACAAGCUGCUCUGGAACGGCAAAUACUACAACUAUGACAGCAGUGGGAGAGACCUUUCUAACAGCGUCAUGUCUGACCAGUGUGCUGGUCACUGGUUCCUCAAAGCAUCUGGGCUGGGAGAAGAGGCCUACCAGGCUUUUCCCAAAGAAAAAAUCCAGAGGGCUUUGAAAUCUGUCUUUGACUUGAAUGUAAUGAGCUUCGCUAGAGGCCAGAUGGGGGCCGUCAACGGCAUGCGUCCAGAAGGAGUGCCGGACCGCUCCAGUGUCCAGUCAGACGAGGUCUGGAUCGGAGUCGUGUACGGACUGGCGGCCACCAUGAUCCACGAGGGCAUGUUGGAGGAGGGCAUGCGCACAGCAGAGGGAUGUUACCGGACGGUGUGGGAGAGGCUGGGCAUGGCCUUCCAGACUCCUGAGGCCUAUUGUGAGAAGAACAUCUAUCGAUCUCUGGCCUACAUGAGGCCUCUCAGUGUUUGGGCCAUGCAGCUCGCCUACAGCAUGUCACAGAAAGACCGGACCACAUCGGCUCAGACUUCAGACAUAGACGGAGUGAAGAUCUGAGCCAUCAGUUUAGUUUCAGUACGGAGGUGCAGCAAGGUUUUCAGAAAGUGACCAAGAAGCUCCCGUGCAGCCCCCUCCCUCAUCUGACUGGUUACCUCCAAUUAAGUUCUCCCUGGUUUGCAUUGCUCCAGAUGUUUUGAGUGUUUGAGAGUCGGAGCGGAUAGUUAAUGCACGGCAGAUUCAGAAUCCAGUCAGAAGCUAUGAUUAAAUCAUUUUAGAGUAAAUUCUUCAAGGAGCUGCAGACUGUGUUGAACAACGGGCUGCUCGACUGGCAUUUCCAUAAUCAGAGCCCACAUGCAAUGGUGAUGAAAACUUUUUAUCACCUGAAUACUGUUACAUUGCACAAUGUGCACUCAUGUAUACACCGGUGCAGACACUAGAAUUCACACAUCACCACUAUGCCAAUAGUAUUUACAUAAACGGAACACAGUUACUGUGUAUUAAAUAGGAUUUUCUUCUUCCUUUAAAACUGAAUGCUGAACGAAGUGAAAACAGGUCAUAAAUGAUGUUGGAAAGUUUAAAGGUGUUUUUUUGGUUAGAAGAAUUUGGUGCCUUUUUGCAUGUCAGUGUAUAUCCACAGUAUAUAGAUGGUCAAGCAACAUUAACGGUUUUAAAAUCCAAUAUUUGUGACAAUCAAACUGAAUAAAUGACUGAAUAAGUUAAAA